GCGAAGCGAAGAAGACCAACCGUAAACUCCGUUCGCUUUGCUUUCCGUCCACCUAUCGCUGGUCGCCGGUACACCGGGGCAGGGCCAGCAUAGUCGAACCGUCAACAUCCAGGACCCGCCGUAUAGGUCCUUUAUCGUCUGCUGUGUUCGGGGUCUUCAGAGCGGACUGUAGUCUCCAGCCAUGGACCCGAACCGGAUCAUGACGGCGCUGAAGGGGACCAUCGACCCCGGGCUGAGGCGGGCGGCGGAGACCGAGCUCAACCAGUCCUUUAAGAUCAUCAACUUCGCGCCCACGCUGCUCCAGGUCAUCAUGUCGGACAUGGUGGAGUUCCCCGUCCGUCAGGCCGCCGCCAUCUACCUGAAGAACAUGGUGAGUCAGUACUGGCAGGACCGCGAGCCUGCGCCGGGUCAGGUGACCUUCCCCUUCAACAUCCACGAGAACGACCGGCAGCAGAUCAGAGAGCACAUUGUUGAGGCGGUCAUCCAGAGUCCUGAGAGCAUACGAGCCCAGCUGACGAUGUGCCUUCGAGCAAUCAUCAAGCACGACUUCCCGGGUCGCUGGACGGGUGUGGUGGACAAGAUCGGCGCCUACCUAGGCUCCAACAAGAGCAGCAGUUGGUACGGCAGCCUGCUGUCCCUGUACCAGCUGGUGAAGACCUACGAGUACAAGAAGCCUGAGGAGCGGGGCCCCCUCCUGGUGGCCAUGCAGCUGUUCCUGCCCCGUGUCCAGGCGCUGCUCUCCCAGCUGCUGCCCGACGUCACGGCCGCCUCCGUCCUCAUCCAGAAGCAGAUCCUCAAGAUCUUCCACUCCCUGGUGCAGUUCUCCCUCCCCCUCCAGCUCAUCAACAACACUGUGAUGACUCAGUGGAUGGAGAUCCUCCGAGCCGUCAUGGACCGGGACGUCCCGCUGGAGACCCUGGAGGUGGACGAGGACGACCGGCCCGAGCUGGUCUGGUGGAAGUGUAAGAAGUGGGCACUGCACAUCAUCACCCGCCUGUUUGAGAGGUACGGGAGUCCCGGGAACGUCACCAAGGAAUAUUGUGAGUUUGCGGACUUCUUCCUCCGGACGUACGCAGUGGGGAUCCAGCAGGUGCUGCUGAAGGUGGUGGAUGAGCACCGUCAGCGGCACUACGUCACCCCACAGGUGCUGCAGCAGUCUCUGAACUACCUGAGCCAGGGGCUGUCCCACUCGCUCACCUGGAAACACAUGAAGCCUCACAUGCAGACCCUGUGCCAGGAGGUGGUCUUCCCUCUCAUGUGCUACAGAGACGAGGACGACAAGCUGUGGCAAGAGGACCCGUACGAGUACAUCCGCGUCAAGUUCAACCUGUACGACGACCACGCCCUGCCCGCCACCGCCGCCCAGAGCCUGCUGUCUAAAGCGGCCCGCAAGAGGAAGGAGGUUCUUCCUCAGAUGAUGGAGUUCUGCCACCAGACGCUGAUGAGUCCCACUGCUGACCCCCGCAGGAAGGACGGGGCGCUGCACUGCAUCGGGGCGCUGGCCGAACUCUUACGUAAGAAGCGUCUAUACCGGGAGCAGAUGGAGCUCAUGCUCCAGAACUACGUGUUCCCACUGCUCAACUCCCCCCUGGGGUACCUCAGAGCCCGGUCCUGCUGGGUGCUGCACUGCUUCAGCCCGCUGCGUUUCCAUGACGAGGUGUCGCUGAGGAACGCGGUGGAGCUGGUGAAGCAGGACCUCAUCGCCGACAAGGAGAUGCCCGUGAAGGUGGAGGCGGCCAUCGCCCUGCAGGCGCUGGUCAGCCACCAGGAGGAAGCCAAGCGCUACAUCCGGCCGUACGUGCGGCCCGUGAUGCAGGAGCUGCUCCACAUCGUCAAGGAGACGGAGAACGACGACCUCACCAACGUCAUCCAGAAGAUGAUCUGCGAGUACAACCAGGAGGUGGCGGCCAUCGCCGUGGACAUGACGCAGAACCUGGCAGAGAUCUUCAUGCGUGUCCUCCAGAGCGAGGAGUACGAGGAGAGCGAGGACAAGACGGUGAUGGCUCUGGGCAUCCUGAGCACCAUCGACACCAUCCUCACUGUGAUGGAGGACCACAAGGAGAUCACCCAGCAGCUGGAGGGGAUCUGUCUGCAGGUUAUCGGACUGGUCCUGCAGAAGCCCAUCAUAGAGUUCUACGAGGAGAUCCUGUCGCUGGCCUUCGGCCUCACCUGCCAGAGCGUCUCCCCCCAGAUGUGGCAGCUGCUGGGCGUUCUGUUCCAGGUGUUCCAGCACGACUGCUUCGACUACUUCACCGAUCUGAUGCCUCUGCUGCACAACUAUGUGACGGUGGACACAGACAUGCUGCUGUCCAACCCCAAACACCUCGAGGUCAUCUACACCAUGUGCAAGAAGGUGCUGACCAGCGAUGCGGGGGAGGAGGCUGAGUGUCACGCUGCCAAGCUGCUGGAGGUCAUCGUACUGCAGUGUCGCGGCCGUGGCAUCGACCAGGUGAGACCCACGAGGCCGGAGGCCCAGCAGGGGCCAGUAGGGCCAAGAGACCAGAGGCCCAGAGGCCAAUAA